GUGAUGUGAUUCAUUGGUAACCUAAAAUAAAUCCUGAUGAACUGAACUACUAUAGCAAAGGCAAUGAAACAAUCAAGGAUAGUGCUUGGUUCAAAUUUGAAAACCUGAUUUUUUGAAAAAUGUUAAGGAACUUUGGGCAAAUAUGUGUAAGAGCAUGUGGUCUGAGCACAUGCUCUAUAAGCAGAGGCCGGUAUAUUCCCAGAGACAAGUAUACCCCUAAGCAUGACGCUGGAAUUCACCGUAGACUGAAACUCAUAGCUGAAGACGAAGCUGAUGUGUAUGAAAAGAACGAUAUCGACCAACAAAGUAUGUUAGAGUUAGAAGAAGACUUGACUCUUGCAGCAGAUUUGAAUGAUGAGGUGAUAAGUGAGAUGAAAAAAAUUGCAUGGGCAAAAAGGUUGAAAAUGGCAGAGAGAAAGUACUUUAGGCCUCCAAAAGAACCUCAAAUGCUUACUUGGACAGAAAAACAGCAAAUAAUACAUCUUAACAGACAGGAUCCACAAAAAUGGUGCCCAGAAGUUUUGGCUGAAAGUUUUCCUGCAUCACCCAGUAUCAUCAAGAAAAUACUAAAGGCAAACUGGAAACCACUUACCAAGGAGAGGUUAAAAGAACAUGAUCGUAAGGUUUCAGACAAUUGGAUAGCUUUUCACAAAGGAGAACUUACAGUGCAUGACCCAAAAUUAAAAGUACAUCUUGAGAAGUUCAAGGACAGGAAAGACGGUGUCUCAAUCAUCUCUGAUGAAGAGGCAGCUAAAUCUGCAGAUUUAACCUUACCAAAACCGAAAAAAACUGAGUUCUCAUCUUUAGUAACAAUUUUCAAGCCUAAGGCUGAAACAGAGGUUACUGAAAUAGAAAAUAAGCGGCUCGAGGAAAAUAUCCAACCUCCAAAACAAAUAGGAGAUAUAAAUCCAACAAAUAUAGUGGACAGAUCAGGGGCAUACUACACUCUGGAUCAGUACAGAAGUAGGCUCAGUAACUUGUUGGAUACAAAGUUGGAAGAUCGCGACGUAAUUAAAGCGAUUGUAAGCAGUGGGAAUAAAGACAAACCAGUGGAAAACUCUGCUUUUGAAAGUUACAUAGCACCUUCAGAAAGAUUCAAACCUAAUGCUGUUGUGCGCCAAAAAGGUGCCAAAAGUCGGCUAAAACUACAGGAUCCUGAUAAUAUUCCUGGCAAAAUCACCAUACCUAAGGACCAAUGGAAGCCUGGGUUAGUGUAUAAAGUUAAAGACUGUUUUUAUAAUGACAAAGGAUAUUUUCUGUACAGAGUUCCAGGAUUAAAUGUUGAUUAAUUGUAA